CAUCUGUCCAAGUUAUCACAAAACGCAACGUUGGCCCAUCAGUGCGCCCGACACAAACAUGUCUUCAUCCACCUCCCUUCUUUUGAAGCUUGCAGAGGAGAUAUCGCGCAACACGUCAGUAAUAGUCGAACACCUCAAUAGAAACGACCUUCCCCAGCCAUCCUUUGACGCAGAUGGCCCUUCCCAUCCCAUUCCCGAAGCAAACGAAGAGCUAUCGGCUGCCAGGCACGCACUGAUCGAAGCAUCAAAGGCGCUCCAUACGCUGGCCGUGGGACCAAGCGAAACAACUCGUCUCUUCUACUUCAAGGAUAUCUAUUUCGUCGGCGCAAUGCAGGUCCUUUGUCACUUCAACGUGCCGCAGCAGGUUCCCGUACACGGAGAGAUUAGUAUGGGAGAAUUAUCGACUAAGACGGGACUCGACAAGGGGUUGCUAGCACGGUUUUUACGCAUGGCGGCCGUAAACUACUACUUCACUGAACCCCGUCCGGAGUUUAUUGCUCACACGGCCUGGUCCAAGACCCUGGCCACCGAUCCGAAGAUGAGGGCAUGUGUAUGGUUCCGGCAUUCCGAGAUGAUGCCCUCUGUGGCAAAGCUCGUCGAAGCGGUGGAAACGUACACGAGCUCACCCGAGGCUGCCGAGCCCCGGAACACAGCCUUCCGCCUGGCAUUUGGGGAUACCUUCUUCGAUUACAAGGAGAAGCACCAGGACCACAUGGUCAAGUUUGGCCAGUUCGUGGAUGCCUUUGCCAGCGGCAUCGAGGCUGACACGGCUGAGUCGUUUGCUCGCGCUUACACGUGGGAAACGCUGCCGGCAGGCUCGCUCGUCGUCGACGUUGGCGGUGGAAUAGGGCAUAUUUCCACGGCUGUUGCACAAAAGCACCCGCUCCUGAGGUUCCAGGUCCAGGACUUCGGCGACUUGGCCGAGGAAUCCAGUCUGCUCCGACAGUCAGCGGGCGUAUCUGACCGAGUCCAGUUUUGCCCGCAUAACUUCUUCGACCCGCAGCCCGAAACAUCCAGGGAAGCAGCCGUCUACUUUCUCCGGAACAUCAUGCACAACUGGCCCGACAUGGACUGCCGGCGAAUCCUGAAACCGAUUGUUGAGGUCAUGAGUCCCGACAGCCGCCUCGUUGUCUGCGAUAUUGUCCUGCCGGAGCCCAACACGACACCCAAAACGCAAGAAGCCCAAGUUCGCGCCCUAGACAUAGUCAUGUUGUCCAUGUUCAAUGCCAAGGAGCGAUCAUACGAAGAUUGGCAGGAUUUGUUUACCAGCGUCGAUUCCAGGCUCCGGAUCACGGCGGUAAUUGGGAGGCCGAAGCUAGGGACAGAGAGCCUCAUCGAGGCGCGGCUGAUGCAGUGAAACGGGCUGAUUUGGGUUAUGAUUUGGAGUCUGCCCGGACCAGCCCAGGGAUGGAAACAUGAGGGUUGUGGAAAGAGGGAAUAUCAACAUACACGCCGGUAGUGCGAGAGAAGGACAACUGCGUGACGCGGUGGUAGUAUGCAUAAUAUUGUUUUUUAUCACCAUACAUUCCGCCACGCUGUUGAGCAGAACGCCGAACAACACGCAUGCAGAAUCAUUUCAGCCUUCAUUCAACUCCUAGCGCCUCCUUCUCGUUUUUGUCGAGCAAACCCAAGGCUUGCCGACGGGUCGGAGCGCCGGGAUCAAAAUAGGGGACUUCGGCGAGGGAUGUGACGCGAGUACCAUGCCGGGGGUACCUCCCCCCAUAGUCCCAGCUUGCGUUGUGGAUGGUGAUUCUAUCGCAGUUAGUUCCCGCUUGCUGAUACAGGUAAUAGACCACAAUAUGAGG